AUGACUAUAUGCAUCUCACGCUGGCGCGAGUAUGCCGCCUCCAAAGAUGCCCAACUUCAGCAACUUUACCGAGAGAACCAGCGAGACAAGGCACGCAUCGAAGCGCAAUGUCAGACCAUUCACGCGCAAGACGAGCGUAUCAGACGCUUGGAGCUCGAGAUGUUUCCUAUCGAGAUGUCUCCUAUGGAGCUGUCUCCUAUGGAGCUGUCGUGCGGUACCGUGUCGCCGGCGGCGUUUUCAAUGUCGCUACAAGGCUCGAAGACACCAAAUUCCGUUGUAGACUUGCAGGCAGGCUUUGUGGGCGAAACGUUCGGGGAUGCCCUGCAGGAGACGUAUGGUCAAGCACCCGACGAUGGUAAUGCAAGCAUCGGGGACGACGUUUUUGCUCCGCUGCUGGCGUUGGCAAUGACCGCAGCAGAAGACACAACCGGACGGGCUGCUGAAGCAAGGGAGUCGCCACAGGCCGAGAGCAAAAGCCCGAUGAAGAGGCAUAUGGAAGAGGUAGAUGUUGCUUCGAAACGGGUUCGUCAUACGUAA